AUGCACGCAGUCGGAAGGAAGAUGUUACAAGUCGCACCAGCGAAGAUUGUCAGCCAGAAGUCGCACCAAAUAGCAGGUGCACUCAAGGUUACCGAGCACUGCUUCGACGUACCGAAGGACUACUCCAAACCAGAUGCCGGCACGAUCAGAGUCUUCGCACGUAGUGUACGCAAGCAUGAGAGACCCAUAGUGCCUACAGAAGACAAGGAGAAAGAACAGCUACCAUGGAUGUGCUUUCUGAAUGGUGGUCCCGGUCUGGAAUGCCGGCCACCCCAGCACUAUUCCUUCUCUGAUCGGGUGAUCGAGAAGGGCUACCAGCUUAUGUUCCUGGAUCCUCGUGGCACUGGAUUAUCUACACCCAUCACUGCUUCAACUUUGCAAAUGCGUGGAACCAACGACGUACAAGCGAACUAUCUCAAGCUUUACCGUGCUGAUAGCAUUGUCCGCGACUGUGAGGCUAUCCGGCAGGCUAUCACUGCGGACUACCCUGAGAACAAGAAGAAAUGGAGUAUCAUGGGUCAGAGCUUUGGUGGGUUCUGCAGUGUCACUUACCUUUCCUUCUAUCCGGAAGGCCUUAGAGAGAGCUUCAUGUUCGGUGGUCUGCAACCUCUUGUCAAGUCGCCGGACGACGUCUACAGACGGCUGUACGUCAAGGUCAAGGAGCGGAACGAGGCAUACUACGCCAAGUAUGCCGAGGAUGUUGAGCAUGUCAAGACCAUCAUGAAGUACUUGUCUCGCUUUGGUGAUGGCAAGAUCAAGCUUCCAUCUGAAGGUAACCUUACUCGUCGCCGCUUUCAACAGCUCGGUAUUGCUCUUGGCUUCCACGGUGGUCUCGAUAUGGUCCAUGAUAUUGUACUGCGCGCCAGCUACGACAUUGAGAACUUUGGCCAUCUUACUCGAGGAUCUCUCGCGUCGAUCGACAGCAUGUCUCCCUUCGACAACCACAUGAUCUAUGCCAUCCUCCACGAACCAAUCUACUGUGUCGGCAAUGCUCCCAACUGGUCUGCGCAUCGUGUACAGGACGAGUUCGCGGAGUUCAACAUCGAUCGCGAGGACGGGCCAAUCUACUUCACUGGUGAAAUGGUGUUUCCGUGGAUGUUCGAAGACUAUGCCGAGCUGAGGAAAGUGCAAGAUGUCGCGAAUCGGGUCGCGUCUGACAGCGACUGGCCGGAGCUCUUCGAUGAGGAGCAGCUGGCGAAGAACGAGGUACCGGUGUAUGCGGCGAGCUAUAUCGAGGAUAUGUAUGUCGAUUCGGCGUUCGCGCUGGAGACUGCGAAGAAGAUCAAGGGCUGCAAGGUGUUUACGACGAACGUGAUGUUUCACGAUGCGAUUCGGUCGAAGAUGGACGAUGUGGUGAGGCAGGCGUUUGCGUUGAGGGAUGAUGUGCUUGACUAG